UUUUCUUGUUACACUGUAAACAAAUUCAAUCACUUAAGAUCUUGGCUUCUCUUGUCUCAUUAUGUACUGCUGUAUGUUGAGGUCUUUCAGUUUCAAAGGGAACAACCUCAUACAACUUGCAAGAGCAUCAAUCUCUCAAAAUUCACAGUCAUGGGAUACACCAUCAAAUCUUUCUAGUAGCACUGUAUGCCUCUGCACACAUUCACCUCAGAGUUUAUGGCAACCUUUGACACACAUUCUGCAGAGACACAGGGCACAUCAGCCAUCAGCAUUGUACCGCUGUAUGAGCUCCACUGUGCACAGGAGACGCCUGCCAAGUGCCUUUCCAGUUAUAGAUGGAGCAUUUCAGCCAGUUCACAGACAUGUAUAUGAAGCAAAUCUCAGGAACAGCCUGUUCUGUCAGCAAAAAUAUUUUGAGCAGAAGGAAAAAGUAUUGAAGGGGGGUGGUGAAAAGGCCAUAGCUCGACAUACGCAGAGGAAUCAGAAGGUCUUGGUACGAGACAGACUUCGCAUGCUACUGGAUGAUGAAGAUUAUUUAGAACUUUCUCCUUUCGCUGGACUUGGCCUGCCCUAUGGAGACAUUCCAUCAGCAGGCUGUCUCACAGGAAUUGGUAAAAUAAAUGGACUAUGGUGCGUAUUCAUUGCUAACGAUGCCACUGUGAAAGGAGGUACAGCAUAUCCCAUCACAGUUAAAAAGCAGCUCAGGGCACAAGACGUGUCCAUGCAAAAUCGUUUGCCUUGUAUUUACUUGGUGGACAGUGGUGGCGCGUUUCUGCCUCUUCAGUCAGAGAUCUUUCCUGAUAAAAACCAAGGAGGACGCACCUUUUACAAUGAAGCAGUUAUGUCAGCAAUGAAGAUUCCACAGGUGGCAGUAGUGUGUGGGUCAUGCACAGCUGGAGGCGCCUAUGUGCCCACUAUGGCUGAAGAGGCUGUGAUUGUCCACAGGAUAGGAACAAUAUUUUUGGGAGGACCACCACUGGUGAAGGCUGCGACUGGGGAGGAGGUGUCUCCAGAGGACCUGGGUGGAGCCAGGCUGCACUCAGGAGUGAGUGGCUGUGUGGACCAUUUUGCCACAGUGGAGAGUGAAGCAUAUGAGUAUACCAGAAAUAUCAUCUCUACAUUAAACUUUGAACUCCCAGAGGAGCACAAUACUCAGGCUGAGGAGCCCCUGUACAGCACAGACGAUCUUAUGGCUCUUGCCCCCCGGAGCUACAAUUACAGCAUGGAUGUCAGACUGAUCGUGAGUCGACUGACUGAUGGAAGUAGGUUUCAGGAGUUCAAGGCCCGUUACGGUACCACCCUCCUCACUGGGUUUGCCAGAAUUGAAGGGCAUCAGAUUGGAAUCGUGGCAAAUAAUGGAGAGUUGACGUAUGAAGCUUCCCUGAAAGGCAGUCAUUUUGUUCAACUGUGUGACCAGAGAGACAUCCCUCUGAUCUUCCUGCAGAACACAGCACCAGAACCUGCACACACACUCUCACAAUCCAAGGCAGAGUCCAACACUAACAGACUGAAAGCGCAGGGUUCCAUGAUGUCUGCUGUGGUCUGUGCCUCAGUUCCCAAGAUCACUGUGGUUAUUGGGGGAUGUCAUGGAAGUGACAGCUAUGCAAUGUGUGGAAGAGCUUUUGACCCUAACUUUCUGUUCCUGUGGCCUAACGCAAGAGUGUCGAUUUUGGCCCCAGGCCAUUCAGAUGCAUUUGUGCAGACAGAGGAGGAAAUCACACAGAUUAAUGACAUGUUGGAGGAAGAGAGUUCAGCAUUCUUCUCCACUGGCAGACUGUGGGACGAUGGGGUUAUUCUUCCUCAAGACACCAGAAAGGUUAUAAGCAUGUGUUUGAAAAUCAUAAAGCAGCAAGAGUAUCAAUUGUCCAGAGAGAAGAUGAGAACUCCUUUACUCCGACUGUAACUCUUAUCUCUGCAUGAUCUCAGUGGACUUUAAAAACUUGUAUGAGGUGUAUUAUAAAACUAAUAAGCUAAUU